UGCAAGUGAGAGGUUCGUGAUAUCUGCUGUGCGGGAAGAAUAAGCACAAAAGAUACAUGAGUACAAGCCGCCACCAUCCCUAAAAGUGUGCCAAACCCAACAACUGUGCCGCAGAAUAAAUCAGACCUCAGAUGAAAGAGAAGAAAAUAAAAUAAAAAAACCAAUCAAAUUGAAAAUACGCCGGGUGGUCUUUACGUGAACCCCUAGAAGAAAAGAGAAGAGCGCAACCGUAAUUGUGAUAUUGAUACAAGUGGUUCUCGCAAUACCGUAAAGUAAAAAAAAAAGAAAAAAAAAACUCUCUGGAAUGUAUUUUGUGCCUCCCUAGCAAUCGGACCCACCAAACUCCUAUGUUUGUUUUAUUCUAUUCCGGAACUGAGCCCUGCUGGUUGAAUUUAGCUCUAGCGUUACCGAACAAUUCUUCCUGUUGUCUCAGCAGCUCCUCCUGAGAGAGACCCGAUUGCUCCAACUUGGUCUGCUUCUUUUCGCGCGACUGGAACUUCUCAAGUCAGCAUUUUCCAGCUCAAGUCGCACAGGCAAUGGGCAAGAUACCCUCUGGUGUUCCUUGUGCUCCUGGGCAACCUCCUGGAUCUGCUCAAUAUACUCCUCGAAUCCGAGGUCCUUCAACGCCUUGACAACAUGCUCCGCAGCGAUAGUCUUCUUGGCUUCACGUUCGGCGAUGUCGUUGGCCUCGGAGGAAACUAAAGUGAUGAAUUCAACGCAGCAGUCUAUGAGCAGAUCGCGCGUUUCUUUAGCGAAUGCAAGAUCGUUUGGAAGGAUUUCGGAAAUGAUCUUUUGUACGGUAGCUAGCCGAAUGUCAGCGUGUUCAUACGAUAAGGGAGGUCAGACGGAUAUGUAAGGAGAAAAACCUUUUGGAAGGGAGAGAUCGUCGGCUAUCGGAGAUGUUAGUACUCUUUGCACUUCAAGUGGGAAAGGAUGAGGUACCUCCCCCUCCGAACUCACGGUCUGACAUAGCGAUAGCUGGGUGUUAGCGUUAAGGGAUGGUGUGCGAAGGGAAGGUAGUAGAAGGGCGGUCGAUAGAAGGUAGGAUGCUGUAGUGGGCCGCAAGAGGAAGGGAGUUAGACUGCGUUCUCAAAGUGGGUGACAGAAUGGGGGGGAGCAUCAGAGCGGAUGUAUAAGUUACGGUACGGGGAGGGGGGUGCGUCCCUUUUAUGGUUGUAGGGCGCAGGCAAUGCACAGAGAUCAGCCAGUCACCCACAAAUUGGAUUGGUGCCACCCGUCACCAUUCUUUCUCAUUGGGCUCCGAUCGAUGUCUUGGCGCAACUGGACCGUGCACUUGCUGACAUGAUUCUGUUGCCAAGCGUAUUCCCGGUUUGCUUGGGUUUCCAGCGCAAGCCGAGCCACCUAUUUUCACCACUCCUAUUCUCACAGAUGCCUUCCGCUACCCUUGUGGUGGAUAACGGUUCUUAUACCAUCAAAGCUGGAUUCGCUGCCGGCGAAACAUGCAUCACCAUUCCGAACUGCAUAGCGCGGACAAGAGACAAGCGAGUUCUGAUUGGCCACCAGCUUGAGAAUUGCCGGGAUUUUGGGUCUGCGGUUUUUCGAAGACCCGUUGAAAAGGUUAGAUGAGAACUUUCUGUCUCACGUAAUACUGUAUUCUAAUAACAAUCACAGGGUUACUUGGUAAACUGGGAGGCCGAAAAGGAAAUAUGGGAUAGGACUUUCCUCGAUUCAGAAUCGAAACUUAAGGUAUCAUGCCGGUUCCCUCUGUUGGAGCUAUGACAUAGUACGCACCCGACUGAUGCGCCAAUGCCCUAGUGCGAUCCGAGAAAUACGACCCUGCUACUGACCGAAGCCCCGAAUGCCCCUUCAGCGUUACAGACCAACUGCGACCAGAUGGUGUUUGAGGAGUAUGAAUUUUCAGCCUACUACCGCUGUAUAGGUCUGUAUUCUGGGAGACUCCUGUUACGAGCAUUUCCUGACACCAUAACCUAUAGGUCCAACUUUGAUUCCUUGGAACGAUAUCACCAAACUAUAUCCUCCCGAGAACCCACCAACCCUCUCACCUCCUGCUGAAGCAAUCAUGGCUAUUGACUCUGGUUUUUCGCACACCCAUAUUACGCCAAUCAUAAACGGUCAAUUGUGGAAUGCGGCCGUCCGUAGAAUAGACAUCGGCGGAAAAUUUCUGACCAACUACCUUAAAGAAAUGGUGUCAACGCGUACAUGGAACAUGAUGGAAGAAACUUAUCUUAUUAACCAAGUCAAGGAGUCCGUUUGCUAUAUUUCAACCAACUUCAAUGAAGACUUGGAAAAGUGUCACGGCAUGAGGAAGGCAGCAAACGAUAUUGCCGUGGAUUUUGUUCUUCCAGAUUACAACUCUGGUAAAGGAGGUUACAGGCGACCGCACGUCCCCAAGAAGCAACCUGCAUUCGGCAGCAAUGACGAACAAGUCAUGGAGUUGAGCGACGAAAGAUUCUCGGUCCCAGAGCUCCUUUUUGCCCCUCAGGAUAUAGGAUUAGCACAAGCUGGGGUUGCCGAAACCAUAAUCCAGAGUCUCGAGAGCGUUCCCGAGAGGUACCGAAGCUUAUUACUGGCAAAUAUUGUCGUUGUAGGCGGCAACGCAAACAUCCCAGGGUUUUUGGAACGGUUGGAGAUGGAGCUACGACCACUUGCCCCCGCUGAGUCUGUAGUCAGGAUUGCAAAACCGGAUAAUCCAGUUACUUACACGUGGCAGGGUGGAGCCGCGCUCGCGGGAAAUAGGUCGGAGAUGAAGAAGAGACAGGUGACGAGAGCAGAGUACAUGGAAUAUGGGAGUAUGUGGUGUGCCAAGAAAAUGGCAGGAGAGGCCAGCAGUGUUCCUGGUGCAGGACCGACCGGAACGGUGGAAAGGGAAAACAGGAGUCACAGGAAGAAACGGGUGGAAGAGUGACAAUGCGGCUGAGCACUGUGGAUUGCAUCAUCACUUUGUGUGAAAAUAAGGCGUGCGUGGUUGUGUGAAUGCAAAUUAGUUGGGCCCUUGACCGGAGCCCUUGUGUUGGGUAACUAUAUGCAAAAUGCAUGAAUAGAUGGUUCCUGCGUUUCAACCCAGUUGCGGUGCCGUAUGGCUCACCCUGUAAAGCUGCCAAAUUGAGUCGUGUUACAUGAAUAACCCUUUUGCAUGCGGCCCAGGCUGGCGGGCUGUGGCGCACCUUGUACCCAUUUUAUGAUACCCAAGCUACAGUGCCGAGUAUGUGUUGAAUGAGUCUCAGCAUCCGCAUCGUACUGUUAGGGGCGAGAUUGAGCGUGUCAUGGCUCAUAGAUUUUUACAGCUACUGCCGUUGGUGGUUGCGGCAAAACACAGUUAAGAAUAUGCACAUC